UUACAUCUUGACACUCAUCUAUCUUGGAAGUUCAUGAUUAACUCAAUCACCAAUUCCGUGAGCGAAUAUCGCAGGUUGCAUUUCCUAAAUUGGAGGCAUUAGAUAUCACUAGCUUGGAUAAUAUUGAGAUGAUAUGGGACAAUAAAGUUGCUGCGGAUUCUUUCCCCAAGCUAAAAACACUUUGUGUGGUUGACUGCAAUAAGCUUGUGAGCAUAGUUCAUUCUUUCAUUCUAAGACGUCUCUUGAGCCUGGAAAGCUUGGAUGCAAGAGGAUGUGGUAUACUUGAGGUUGUUUUUGAACUUCACCCACUAAAUCAUCUAGAUGGACAUCCUAUUGCUCUUCCAUUAAAAGAACUAACGGUAUCAAGUUUACCAAAGCUAAAGUGCAUAUGGGAUAAGGAACUUCACCACCAAAUUAAAUUCCAAUGUCUACGUUAUAUUAGCAUUUCAAGAUGUGAGAGCCUCACCUCUUUAUUUCCAAGCUCAGUAGCCAGAGAUCCAAUCCAACUUGAAAAGUUGAAAAUCGAUGAAUGUGGCAUUGUAGAAAUCAUCGAGAAUGAAGAAGGACUAGUUCCCAAGUUUUUAUUCCCAAUGUUAACCUCCCUUGAGCUUAAGUAUCUAAGAGAGUUGAAGUGCCUCUACACCGGAACACAUACUUCCCAUUGGCCGGCAUUGAAGACCUUGAAAGUGCGUGGCUGUGACAAAGUGGAGGUACUUGCAUCACACUCUAAGAAUGAGAUGCCACUUGAUAAACCACCUUUCUUCUUGAUAGAAAAGGACGCAUUCCCUAAUCUCCAAGAGUUAAAAUUGGACUUAUCGAACGGAUGGAGAUAUGGCAUGGGCAUUUUCCUGAUGGAGAAUUCUUCAACAAGCUUAGAUUUCUUAAGCUUCGUCAUCUCUCCCAGGAGUCUUCAAUAUCAACAUGUCGUUUCGUUGAGAGUUUAACUAGUUUGGAUGAGCUAAUUGUAUGUGAAUCUUACCUAGAAGACCUAAACAACAAUGAGGAAGCCAUAGAAGGCACAAGUCAUGAGCUAAAAGUAAUAUUACCCUUUCCAAGAUAUAUUCGACAUCUACAAACUCUAGAUGUGUCGCAUUGUGAUGGGUUAUCAAAACUGUUCACACCAACAAUUGCUGAAAAUUUGGUGGCACUCACAAAAUUGAGGAUAAGUAAUUGUAGAAUAUUGACAGAAGUCAUUAAUAAUGAGAAAGGUGGGGAGGGGCAUGUGGUGGCUUUCAAUCAAUUGAAGUAUAUGGAGCUUGAUAGGUUGAUAGGGUUGAGAAGUUUCAACUCAGGUGGAUACACUUUGAUAUUCCCGCUCUUGGAAGAUAUCAUUGUGACUAGGUGUCCCAACAUGAAGUUUUUCUCUCAAGGACCGAUAGAGGUAUCAAAGUUAAAGAAAGUUCAAGUAUCAAAAGAAGUGUGGUUUUGGGCAGGAAACCUCAACAUCACCAUCCAAAAUAUGUUUGAAGAAAUGGGUACGUUUGUUGGAGUAAAGAAAAUGUUGCUAUCUGAGUUCCCUGGGCUGAUUGGAAAAUGGCAUAACAAACUUCAUCCCAUCAAGUCACAUUGGCAAUUAGAAUCAUUGGUGGUAGAUAAAUGUCCAUUUAUUAAUGCUAUUCCAUCCGGAUUGAUACUUGUCCUAGACAAUUUGAGCUUUUUGCAAGUGCGCGAUUGCAAGUUGCUUGAAGAAAUAUUUGAUUUGGAAGGGUUGGAGGUUGUAGAAAGCACUCAGGUGCUACCUCAGCUGUGCGAAUUGAACUUGGCCAAUCUACCAAAAUUGAGGCGACUGUGGAACAAAGAUCUUCAAGAAUCAAUACACUUUGAUUCUCUACGUUUUCUUAUCCUUUAUAAUUGUAGCAACUUGGGACAUGCUUUUGCUUCAUCCAUGGCUCAGUGCCUUGCCAAUCUUGAAAAAAUGGAAAUAAAGGAGUGUGGUCAGAUGGAAGGAGUGAUCAUAGAGGAAGAAGGGCAGGGAAGCGCAAUGGAGAAGAUUACAUUCCCGAAGCUCCGGCAGAUGAAACUAGAAUGCUUGCCCAAUUUGACUUGUCUCCUCUUGGGAAAGAAUCAUACAUUGGAAUGCCCCAAAUUAACAGUGCUGAGCAUUACCCAUUGCCCCAAAAUGAGAAGUUUGACUAGGCAAUCUUGGAUGGAGAAUGUCCACAACAACCCUUCACUUUUCACUCCCCAGGUACAAUUUCCUCGACUUACGCAGAUGCAUCUCUCCCAUAUGGACAAUUUAAGCAAAAUAUGGAUUGAUGGUCCUCAAGAAACUUUGACUUUUGAUUGUUUAAGGGAAGUGGAGGUUCAGAACUGUAAGAGCCUUGAAAAUUUGUUUCCGUAUUGGGUGGCUACAAGUUUAAACCAACUUAAAAAAAUUCAAGUGGACUCUUGUGAGAUCGAGGAAAUAGUUGCUAGCAGGGAUGACACUCCACGCUCCAAUACUACUCAAGAUCUUUUCCCAAAACUAACCUCUUUGGUGUUACAUGAUAUGCCACGACUCAAGAGCUUCUGUCCUAACUUGCCCACUUUGAAUUGGCCAUUACUAGAGGAAUUACGAGUGACUCACUGUGACAAACUUAACAUGUUAUCCUUUGCGGCAUCCAUGAACAAUUGGGCUCAAAGAGAUGAUCAACAAGACCUUUCAGAUCAAGAAGCACAUUCUUCAUUUGAGAGGGACUUUCCCAACUUUAAGAGACUUUUAUUAGUCAAUAACAAUAUUCAGAUGAUACAAGAUGGAAAUUUUCCCGAUGACAUCUUUAGCAAACCAAAAGCACUAACACUGGCAUGCUUUCAUGAUGAAAAUGCCAUCUUUCCUUCUAUAUUUCUCUUAGAGAGAUUUCACAAUCUACAAAGCCUUGAGGUAUUCUGUAGCUCCUUUGAAGAUAUAUUCCUGGACGAAGGGCUCGUUGAAGAGGGGAAACAUCCGGUGCUUGAAAAUUUAAGAGAAAUUAAGUUAAACAAGUUACACUACUUGAAGCGUGUGUGGAGAGAAGACUCUUUAGUGUCGAAAAUUAUUCAGAGCAUCGAAACAUUUGAGAUUUGGGAUUGUCCCUGUUUGAUGACAAUAUUUCCAACUGUGGCAUCCUUCCAAAAUCUGACGAAGUUAGUGGUGAAGAAUUCCUCUGGAUUGGUACAUCUAGUAACAGUUUCAACGGUCACAAAUUUGAUGCAUCUCAAUAACAUGACUAUAAUAGGAUGUGAAAAAAUGAAAGAAAUAGUGGCCAAUGAUGAAAUUGGAGAAGGAAAAGUGAUUUUUUUUGGAAAUCUACACUAUUUGACACUCCAAGAUCUGCCAAGCCUAGAAUGCUUCUCCUCCAUCUCGAGUUGCACCUUCAGGUUCCCAUGCUUAUGGACUAUUAAAGUGGAAGAGUGUCCGAAAAUGAAGAGCUUUUCUAAGGGUACGCUAAGCACACCACAACUAUGUUGGCCGCUUGGUUCGGUGAGCUUGUUCAGAUACAAGUGGAAAAGGAAUUGGGGGGAGGGUGAUGAUCUCAAUACAACCAUACAAAAGUUAUCAGCAUAAACAAAUGCACAUAGAAUUGCAUCAUCAACCCUUAUCUAUCGGUCGAUCUCGCCUCCUCCUUCCCUGAACAGCAGGAAGCCAAACAGGGCUCUCCUCGUCCUUCCUGACGCCAGAGGCUCUCUCUGCUGCAUUCACGGAGGAGGGAGCGAAAAGGGAGCGUCGGGAAUUGCCAGGACUGAGAGAAGAUGGCACUGCUGAGUCUGGACAGUUAGUCCUCCACUCACUUCAUCCAAGAAGAAGAUCAUUCUCUCUCUCCGCAUCUGUAUCCGACGAAUCAGACCUUUCCUCAAUCGUCGUCGUCUUCUUCAGCUAGGGCUCUGCUUUUUAAAUUCGUUCCGUGUAAAUUUCUCAGUCCGCUACUUCAGAUCAUGGACCAAUAGAGGUCCUCCACUGACAUCAUCAAAGAAGAAGAUCACUCUCUCUCUCUCGUUCUCUCGCUCUCUCUCGCACUUGAACCCGGCAAACUCGACCUGGAAGGCUUCUUCUGACUGUGUGCCCUAUUGCAUUCUGGGAGCAUAGAUUGGACCUUGACUUUGGAUUAAUGGCUUUCGUCAUUUGGUUUAUUGUCUCCUGAAACUAACAAGAAUAUUAAAAAUGUUCAAAAGGAUGCUUUUGAGAGCAUGGUGCAAUUAUUUGGCGUGUAGAAUUGGAAAAAUGUGAUGAGAUGGUUUGUUUAGUAAAGGGUUUGAAUGAAUAUGCAGAGCAUUACUCUAUCUGUGAGGUUCAAUUUUUGGUCUUCUAAUAUGAAGGGGACUCCAUUUCCCGUGUCACCAUAAUUGAUGAGAGGAUGUCCGAGAUAGAAUAUCUGCCAAUCAGUGUUGAUAUGAGGAACCAAGCCUCAGCAAUUAUGGAAUUGUCUUGCUGAAAGUGGAAAAUGCCUUUGAUUGCCAUGACCUUUCAGUCAAGCUUAAAGUCUGGGGGGAUGAAUUGCAUUCAGCCAAGUGUCCUCGGUUUUGUAUGGAAAUCGAAUUUGAUCAGGUUUGCAAAGUCCAUGGCAGUUCCUAUGUAGAGUUUGGGAGGGACAGAAGUUCCAAUUGCUCAUCACAAGAUUUUCCAGGAACUCUCCACGUCGUUAGGCUAAGAGAAACUGUGUUGGAGCUAAUUCAUUCUUGUAAUGUUUCUUUGUCUAUAGCUCUCCCCCGUGUACAUAUGUAUGUGUUGGGGAGUCUCAUAAAUAAUGGAAACGAACCGAGCCAGUCAUAUCAGAUUUCAUUGUGGUGAGAAUGGAUUGGUGUGUAUAUAGGCCUCAGGAAGCUAGACCAUUAGCAAGACUCAGAUCUAUAGAUUUAAGGUGCUGUAGGUAAGCUGAGAGAGUCAAGCUUGUGAAGAGCUCUUGAACUGGCCAGCAAAUUUAUACUCGAUUAUCCUUUCUUCCAAAUUGUGGUGAGGUGAAUAUAUCUGAAGAAAAGCAAUAUGGGAGUUCCUGGUUCAUUCCUAAAGAUGCACUUUAAGAAAAGCCCGCAGACCAUGGCUCUCAUAUUUCAAGACAAAGCAUGGCAUUGAAGCUCACCAGCCCUGAACAUCAUGGAAAGCUAUUAGCCCGCAGGGCUGCAUUCAUGAGAGAAACUUCUCUGAAGGCAGAAGAGGCGUGUGUUUGAGCUCUACUGAAAAGGACAAUUCGUGUUCGGACUAUCCAACUUCAGAACCACUGAUAAGACUUGGCUGAAUGAUAAUACUAUGCAAUACAAUAUAGCAGAGGAAGUUUCGACUUAGCUCACUUUUGGUGAGAAUGUGACUUUCAGAAUGGCUCGGCUGAAUUCUUCUUCCAAGUCGGCAAAAUGGACAAAAGCAUGAGCUUUGUUCCAAUGAAUGAAAUGGUCCUGAAUGUGUACGAUGCCUUUCCUUGAUCCUAGACUCAAUAAUCACCAUGAGGGCACGAGUUGUGAGUCGGAGGAAGCUGAUUACUACUUUUGAUUCUGUAACUUCCAUUUCAGGAGACAAUCUCUAGAAUCUAGGGCUUCUUCAAGGUUUCCAGUGGCUCAACCUGACCUUUAGAAUUGUAGAGGGUAGUAACAUCGGAUACACUUCCCCUAAGCCAUGUACCAAGUCUAAAUUUCAAGGUGUAACCAUGAUUUUACAAGCUCCGAUGAACUUAAUCAGAUUCUGUUCAUUCUCUUUUUGAUUUCUUCAA